AUGCUUCAUCACGAGGGAGGUGGUGGUGGGACGCAAAAGGCAUCGAAAGCCAUCAUCAACCAGCAGAAAACCCAUCAGGCACUUCGACGGGUCGGUCCUGCUUUGACGUUCCGUCGAGGCCGUCGUGUUGCCUUCCCCGGGGGUAGUCAAUGGGCGAACAGCGCCGAGAGGCACGAUAAGAACAACGAAAGGCCCUUUUCCUCAUGGUUGUCGUGUUUCUCGCCUGAAGAAACCUUCAGGCGAAGGUUUUUUUGUUGGCCUCUCGUCCACAGCUCCGGAAAUUGCGUCGGCGUCGGCACCCACUCGCACGUGUGGGAUUGUGGGUCACCACGUUACACCCGCGCCCUGCCGGUCGACACGCACUGGACUCGCGCUGAGCAUCUUGCCGUCCGCCCGCGAUCGAGCACACGCCGAAAGCUGUCGAGCUUGACGGCGGUCUACGGGAGAAGAUCGCAGUUUACCUGCCCCGCCCACGUGGUGGAGCCACGCGGUGAACCAGCCAAGCACGACCUAACCGCAACAUACCUCGCCGGCCGACGACGGCCGCUGCAAGCACACGUCGCUGAAUCGUACCAGCCUGCCAUCGCAGAACAUCCUCGUGGUAAGUCGCACGCACUCCAGGAAUACGACACGUUUGCCCCCGCCGUUCACCGGCCAGAAAAGUGAUUGUGUAAAGUGAACACGUGUUAAAAGCCCUAUAUCGCAACACCUCGCACAUCCAACGAGAACGUGGUAUCAGUCCGUAGGAGGUCCUCGUUCAAAAGCCUCUGAGCAAGUGGACGCUGACCGUAGGGGAAAUCCGGUCCUGUGACCGGUCGCCUGGCCUACAGCGUGCCAAGUGGACACUCUCUGGGUGCACUUGUCACAGUACGCCAGUGGGUUAUCCGUAGGGGUCCGAUAAAGCCCUGAGACAUUGGAGCCCACCGACGGCAGUUCUAACAUUGGCCACGUGGGGAAUCUCGUUGUGAUCUUCUCGACGCACCUGAACCGAGAAGAUAAGUUGCUUUCGACCUGCGGCGACGCCGCUGGGAAUCGGCAUCUAACGAACACCUGCCACGUGAUCCUGGUCCAGACCGCGCGCCCAGCGCGGCCGAACAUUGAUCGCCGAACGCGGCGAGCAAAUCAUCACCACAGCCACCUGCGGCUUGCCGAACACCGUUCGGGAAACGCAGCUAGCAGAUCAGCCCGCAGCCACCUGCGGCUUGCGUCGUGAAUCCCGGUGAGCAGAGCAUCCCGCAGCCAUCUGCGGCUACCCGAACGCGCGCUGCACCAGCUGUUCGCGCGACACGACCAGGGAGAACCGACACCAUGAACUCGUGAAACAAGGUCAGAUAGAAAAUGCAUGCAAGUUCCCCCCAAAUACUGUAACUUGAACCAAAUAAACCCCAUGGUACUUCUGUUCAUCCCCAAGCUUGCGUUUUAACUUAUUGCGCGCUAGAGAACUAUUUGGUUUCGAUUAUUCUUUCCGUUCUUGUUGAUUUUGGGCAUUUUGCCGCCUUGUUAUUGAUUGACUCCUUUACCUGCCCUGAGCAUUGACUAGUCGGGAAGUAGCAGACCUCUCGCAGUACGGUCCCGAGACCGUACUGGCGCGUAAGCGGGAGCGUUUUCAAGGAAGGUUGAGUCUGGCCUGGGUUUUGGAUUUUGCAGAUGUUGAGUGUGGGAAUAGGGUUUUCCAAAUUCUUUUUAGUUGGUUCUUCCUUGCCUCGACUUAGCUGAAGCGCACCCACGCCCCCCC